UGAUUUAACGGCUUAACGCUGCCGUGUCGAACUAGUUGCAUGUUACUUCGACUAUUGCAGACAAGUACAAAACUCGGAUCGCCGGCGUUUAAGUUUCAAACGCGGAUAACCGAAAAGCUCUCACUGUGACGGCCAUGGCUUCGGACGGUGUUCCUCCUCCAUUAAUCGCCGCUCAGCUCAAUUACCUCCUCAGCCACUUUCCCCUCUCUGUUAAGGUUGAGCAGAUGUGGUCCGGUAGCAAGUACUACCCUGGAGUCCUUGACCGGUUCACGAUACUAAUCCCGUACUGCCUUGACGUUGUCAAAUGGGAUGUUAUAUACAACACAGAGUCGCCAAUGUCUGCACCGGAUGUUAUAUUUGGACCGGACGAUGAAAAUUUUCAUCCACUGAGCGCAAAGUCGAAGACUGAUAGCUUACUUGAUGAUUGGAACAGCAGAGACCCUACGCGGCUAAUGGUUCUCAUUCAAGAACUCAGGGAUCGAUAUGUGGAGUACCAGAAAAAGCGUGUUGGGGAGGUUGAUGAUGAUAGGUUGAAAUUCGAAAUUAGCACUAUUGUAUUUAGAGAGGGAAUUGAAAUGCACAUGAGCUCAGGUGCUGACAAGCCAGAGGAAGUCAAAUUUGCAGUGCCUUUAACAGACAUGAACAUUGAUAAGAUGGUGCCUGGGUGCCCUUGGAGACAUCCGCCAAAGAUAUACUUGCAGGUUAUUUACCCUGUUGGGAGAAAAUAUGGAUCUGCUCCUUCAGCACCUCGGCUGAAAUUAGUAUCUACCUUUGAGUUGAAGGCUUUCUUUUCCAUUGAAGAUGUCAAACUUCCUCCAUGGUCGGAUGGAAUGUGCAUGGCUGAAUAUCUUCCCCAUCUGGAAGAAUUUCUUGAGAAGCAGAUCUUGGAGGCUGUUUCGCUAAUUGAUGUUAGAAGGAACUUUAUUGAGGCGUUAGCCCCUCUGUUUGGAAGGCCAUUAGAAGCUGAUCCGGUUUUUUGCCGAAAGGCAACAUUUCUAGCUGUCUCUGGGGUGUUUACAUUCCUGGUGCACUUUAUGAUUCCCACUCAGUUUCCAAAGCUGCCACCCGCUUUGAUGCUUCAAAGUUCUCAGCAUUUGAACUCCCAAUGUGUACCACUAAAGUCUCUUCCUCUUACUGAUUAUCCAUGGAGUCCAAGAUGGGAUGCGUCACUAAUGGCGGAGCGGAUCUUUGAGUUUUUGGCGGAUGAGGCUUUGAACUUUAAGAGGUACUGCAACGAGUCUCAACUUCAACACUAGUGUGUUGUUGAUGUUCCUUCAGCACACAUUAUAUCAAUCGAAUUGUGUAAAGUUUCUCCAUCAAAAUUCUUGUUUCCUCUUUCAAUAUAAUCGUGUAUGAAAUUGGUUGAUGCUUAUGAAAAAUUGCUUCUGGCACAUGACGGCCUUUUCUGACUC